AUGUGCCGGGUGGACCACUUGAACGGCUCCGACGUGUUCUUCUUCGUCGGUGGCGAGACGUUCCAUGCGCACCGGGCCCUGCUUGCCGUGUGCUCGCCGGUCUUCAAGGCUCUGCUCCUUAGCUCCACGGCGGAGGCAGCAGCCUGCAGCAUCACCCUGAACGACAUCAAGCCAGCGAUGUUCGAAGCUUUGCUGCACUUCAUGUACACCGGCGACUUCCUGCCAGCGGGAGCCCACUCGUCGUCGCCUGACAGCAGCGACACCAACACCGACACGCUCCACCGGCUGCUCGCGGCGGCGCACGAGUAUAAGCUCGACAGGCUGAAGCUCAUGUGCGCCCGAAAACUCGAGGAGAGCUUGUCGGUGGAGACGGUGGCGAGGACACUGGGCUAUGCCAAGAUGUGCGGCUGCUCGGAGUUGAAGAGCAAGUGUCUCGACUUACUUCUUCUUGGCGAAGAAGAACAUCAAAGCAUUGGCCACACAUGGCUACUUCUGGCUCUGGCAUAA